AUGACUAAAUCCCUGAAUAAUCAAAGUAGUAAUACCAAACAGCUUCAACAGCUGCUUGAUAAUACUGAAUCUAGUGUACUUGCAAGCUGCUACAGUGUCGACGCCUUGACUUCCACGAUUGGCGGCUUCCACUACUGCACUACCCCGGGGGCUGGUAAGAUUUUCUUCACCAUCUCGCACAGUGGUAUCCCUGAGGUUCCCUCAGGAUCAGAAUCCCUUUCAAGCCCUCCCCACUCUGUCCGCAUUUCUCCUCGCACGGAGAACAGCUGGCCGAGCAAUAAUUUGUCCGAAUUUAGAGGGGAGGCAGCGUAUACCAUUCCGGAAGAGUGUGAGAGACUCUUCUGUGACAAACUGUCUGCGAUCUUCACUGGUGAGAUGAAGCUCGCGCGGCAAGUGUCAUCUGGGAUGGAUGCGUAUCAGAUUCGGUCAAGCCAGAUUGAAUUAGAGCAAAUUCGAAUCCAGACUUGGGUUGAAGUCUGGAAUUACACCGGCGAUGCGAUAUAUCGAGGCUUUCUGACCGACGCAAACAAUGAACGUACUUUGUUCUUGUUCUUCGGAGACGAUGCGCUGGGUCAUAACCUCAAAGCGGGGUUGAUUGCCCUGUUUGAAUUAGCUAGCACGCCCGUCUUUGACUGCUCUCAGAUUGUUGCUUGCAUUCCUCGUUCGCGGGAGGUGGCAGAAUCUGACAUCGUAAGAAACCUUUCUUGGUGUGGGUUCAAUUUGACUACUUUGAAACCCUGGGCUACCAAGCAUCGCGUCGAGCAAUGUUUGAGUACCAUGUGGCUUUUCCUUUGCGCAGAGGUUUGA